AAUAUGGCAUCCCCCAUUUAGGAGGCGGCCGUGGUUUCUAUCCAGAUAGCCGGGGCAGUGCUGAGCUCCGGCAGUUGACUGUGUAACCCGAAGCGCCGAAAGCUGCAGUUAAAGUGCUUUUCUGGUCACGAUUCCAGGAACUCACCCUUCUCUGAGGGUCAGGAGUUGCCGCUUUCUUCUAGUUCCUGCAAGUUCAUCCUCUGCCCCUGGUUUGUUCCUUGAGCCACCUCCGGACACCCCCAAGUCCCUGACAUUUCCAGACUCAAACUAUGAGCCUUCGGCAGCUGCUGUUGCGCUUGCCCCGUUUUCUCGGGGUGUCGGGUUCCCCGCGUCGCUGGUGGUGGUCCCCGUCCCUCGAUACCAUCUCCUCGGUGGGCUCCUGGCGUGGUCAGUCCUCCAGGUCCCCGGGCCACUGGAACCAAGUGGUGUCAGAGGCAGAGAAGAUCGUGGGCUAUCCCACGUCUUUCAUGAGCCUCCGCUGCCUGUUGAGCGACGAGCUCAGCAACAUCGCUAUGCAGGUGCGGAAGCUGGUGGGGACUCAGCACCCUCUGCUUACCACGGCCAGGGGGCUCGUACACGAUAGCCGGCAUAACCUCCAGUUGCGGGGCUUGGUGGUGCUACUUAUUUCUAAAGCAGCUGGGCCCAGCAGCACGAAUGCUUCGUGUCAGAACUAUGACAUGGUCAGUGGGAUCUAUUCAUGUCAAAGAAGUUUGGCAGAGAUCACAGAACUUAUCCAUACUGCUCUCCUCGUGCAUCGUGGCAUAGUAAAUUUAAAUGAGCUGCAAUCUUCUGAUGGACCACUGAAAGACAUGCAAUUUGGAAAUAAAAUAGCUAUCCUGAGUGGAGACUUUCUUCUAGCAAAUGCCUGCAAUGGACUAGCGUUGCUACAGAACACCAAGGUUGUGGAACUUAUAGCAAGUGCUCUUAUGGACUUGGUACAAGGGGUAUACCAUGAAAAUUCUACUUCAGCAAAGGAAAAUCUUAUCACAAAAGAUAUUGGAAUAUCGGCUUGGAAGAAGCAGGCUUUUCUCUCCCAUGGAGCCUUAUUAGCAAAGAGCUGCCAGGCCGCCAUGGAAUUAGCAAAGCAUGAUGCUGACGUUCAGGAUGUGGCAUUUCAGUACGGGAAGCACGUGGCCAUGAGUCAUAAGAUAAAUUCUGAUCUCCAGCCUUUUAUUAAAGAAAAGACCAGUGACUCCGUGGCUUUUAAUCUAAACUCAGCUCCCGUAGUCUUACAUCAGGAGUUUCUUGGAAGAGAUUUGUGGAUUAAGCAGAUUGGAGAGGCUCGAGAGAAAGGAAGAUUAGACUAUGCUAAGGAAGAGCACCGAUCCUGGAGGAGCUGAACUGCCUUUCCUGAAAUGGCAAGGUGGCAGUGCCACCUCUUUUUUCAAACAGAAUUACUGAGAUAAUGGUCGAGAUUACAAGAACUGCAGCAUUGGCUAGUGAUGUGUAAGAUGCUACUAAAGCUUUUGGCCAAGUGGAUCCUGUCUCUUCCCCACAAAUCUGAUUUGCUGGCUUGAUGAAAGAUAUUAUCUAUUCACCGGAUCAUAACAAAGCCGGAGGUGGACCGCUAAAGACAGAUUCCUGCAUAGUGCGAUGGUGCCCCCUGUAGAAGGUCUCCCAGUCCUAGGUCUAAGGAAAUUACACUCACCUUUAUCUUGGAUUCAGCUAAAAAGACGUGUGCUCCUCCUUAAAAAGGUUGUAGGCCUUUCUACGUGCUAUGAUCUCUGUGCGAUGCCUACCCUAGUACACGUCUCUCAUUGUGCACUCUGCUCAAGACACACAAAACACUUUGAUCAGAUGGCUCUAUCAAAUUCUAUCUUUGAAUCCCUUCGUUUUAUGGAGAAGAGAUCAAAUAACCUCACAGUGCCCACACCGUUGCUAUCUCACAGAGUCAUGAUUCUGUCCAGGUUCGCUGACUCCGCGGGAUCUACUCUUUACCACCAUACAGCUUCUCGGAGGACUUAGACCUACUGUGAAGCAAGCAAGGGAGAAUGUGAAUGCAGGCUCUGGUUUCAUGAACAUCCGGGAGAUGUGAUGCCUCACUCUAUAGUCCAACAUCGUUCUUGUCUCAGAAAUAGUGAUUAUCUAGUAAAUGACUGUCUUACAAUUUAUGUUUGCUGAUCUAGUGCAAUAAUUAUGGGGAUUUUUUUUUAACUGGCAAGCACUCUUCACUCUUCAAAGAAAGGUUUAUGGAUAUAAACAUUUAAAAUGACUUCUCGUUACCAUUCUCUUGAGGGAGGCAAGGAUCUAUGUUAACAAAUACACCUUCCGUAACUCCGUAUCGUAGAGAUCUCCUUCUGGAAGAAGUGUUCAUCCCACAGGUGUGGGAUGAAUAGUUACAUGGCACAGACAGUAACUGGUUCCUGCAUUUGCCCUCAGUCUGAUGUAACCUGCCUGGAAGAUAACGUCACCGUUGUAACUCUCAGUAGAUAGAGUCUUUCUGUUGUUGGACACGGACUUUAGUGAUGGAAGUCUUAGAUGUGUUUAAGCUCAUGUUGUAUCAGGAUACAUGUUAGGAUAUUAGAAAUCUAGGGUCAUGUAGACAGCAGUGGUAGUGAUAGUAGUUUUGAGGCAAGUGAUCCCCAGUUACCAGCAUCCAAAUGCUAAAGCAGACAAAAAAUUGAGACAUAAGGAGGAAUUAAGAAAUGGAUACGUAAGAAAUGUACGCACGUACUUUAUGUGUUCCACAAAUAACCCCCAGGACUGUCACAUUCCUACAUGACCUGAUUGCUCUCAUCCCACAAUAUUCUUUUUUUUUUUUUAAUUUUAUUUAUUUAUUUGACAGAGAGA